AGGGGAAAGGAACGGAGACGCUCUGCGCGUCCUCUCGCUCGCAAGAGGAGGAGGAACCGAAGCGCCAGGGCGCGCGCACUCGCCAAAGGAGAAGCUCAUUAGGCGCGCGCCGACGCCCGCCCAGGAGGAAGCGAGGCUCGAGAGUCGGGGUGCGCGCUCGCGUCCCUCACCCCCCUCACUCCGUCUCCUCCUCCCUUUCCCCUCCCCCCUCGUCCCGCCCUGCCCUGCCCUGCCCGCCCAGCUCGAUUCCUCCCGCCUUCGUUCCCUCCCUCCCCGGCGCUCGGGCCGCGCUCCUCGUUCUCAAGCUGCGGUGCCCGGCCGGCGGCCGCCGCCACUGGAGGAGGUGGAGGGCUCCGGAGGUGCGGGCGGCAGCGGCGGCGGCGGCGGCGGCGGCUGAGGUGGAGGCGGAGGAGGCCGCGGAGGCGGCGGCGGUAAGAUGGCGGACUUCCUGCCGUCCCGCUCCGUGCUAUCCGUGUGCUUCCCGGGUUGCCUGCUGACCAGCGGCGAGGCCGAGCAACAGCGCAAGUCGAAGGAGAUCGACAAAUGCUUGUCGCGGGAAAAGACGUACGUGAAGCGGCUGGUAAAGAUCCUGCUGCUGGGCGCCGGAGAGAGCGGCAAGUCCACCUUCCUCAAGCAAAUGAGGAUCAUCCAUGGGCAGGACUUUGACCAGCGGGCCAGGGAGGAGUUCCGCGGCACCAUUUACAGCAACGUGAUCAAAGGUGUGAGAGUCCUUGUAGAUGCUAGAGAAAAACUUCAUAUUCCUUGGGGAGAUAAUUCAAAUCAAGUCAAUGGAGACAAAAUGAUGGCUUUUGACACUCGAUCAGCUAUGGCAGCACAGGGAAUGGUGGAAACACGGGUUUUUUUGCAAUACCUUCCUGCAAUAAGAGCAUUAUGGGCAGAUAGUGGUAUCCAGCAUGCUUAUGACCGACGUCGAGAAUUUCAGCUGGGUGAAUCUGUAAAAUAUUUUCUGGACAACUUGGAUAAACUUGGAGAACCUGAUUACAUUCCAUCACAGCAAGAUAUUCUGCUUGCACGAAGACCCACGAAAGGCAUUCAUGAGUACGACUUUGAAAUUAAAAAUGUUCCUUUCAAAAUGGUUGAUGUGGGUGGUCAGAGAUCAGAAAGGAAACGUUGGUUUGAAUGCUUCGACAGUGUAACAUCAAUACUUUUCCUUGUCUCUUCAAGUGAAUUUGACCAGGUGCUUAUGGAAGAUCGACUGACAAAUCGCCUUACGGAAUCUCUGAACAUUUUUGAAACAAUAGUUAACAACCGAGUUUUCAGCAAUGUCUCUAUAAUUCUCUUUUUAAAUAAGACAGACCUGCUUGAGGAAAAAGUGCAAAUUGUGAGCAUCAAAGACUAUUUCAUAGAAUUUGAAGGGAAUCCCCACUGCUUAACAGACGUCCAAACUUUCCUGGUGAAUUGUUUCCGUAACAAACGCCGGGACCAGCAGCAGAAGCCUUUAUAUCAUCAUUUCACCACUGCUAUUAACACAGAAAAUAUUCGACUUGUUUUUCGUGAUGUGAAGGAUACCAUCCUUCAUGACAACCUCAAACAGCUUAUGCUACAGUGAUGUGCAAAAGACUUUAUUUUAAUGCCCUUCUAUGUUUGUUUGUUUUCUGGGAUUUUUUUUUUUGUUGUUGUUGUUGUUGUCUAUUUUUAUAAAUAGCAGUUUACAACAGGACUACAAAACCUUAAUCCUGUGUUAAACUUUUUGAAAACCGUAGUCUGUCUUUCAUGGACUUUGGUUUGUGGCUGAAAGCUGCUGAAUACCACAUUAUUGCCAACUUCUGCUCAGAUUCAUACUUUGAAUCUUUUCCACUAUAGCUUCAAGUUAAAUCAAAUUGUAAUUCUGUAGCAGACCUCAGUUAAAUUUAUUUCAGUCUCUUUCCACUUUUCCAGUCUGAAUUGUUAUUUCUGUAGCAGCUGUUACCUUAUAGGUAUAUGGUUAAGAUUAUUCAGUUCUAAAAAAACAAAUAAGGUGUCUUUUUUUGCCUCGCACUCGGUAGUGUCUUACUUAGCUUGCAGAGGCUAGCAAGGGCUGUUGGAAAAGAUUUGAUCCAAGGGAUGGCAUUCCAUGGGCUUAUCACAGAUUUGGCCUUACUGUUUUUUAAUUAAUACACAACUAUUGGGUUAUACAUUUUUAAAAAAUGUGUGCUUUUUGAAAGUGAUGUUCUUAAUAUUUUAAAGUUUACAUAAGCGUUUCUGAUUUGAUGCUAAUCAAAGAGUAUUCACAGAUGGUACAAGAAAAGCCAAUAAGUCAGCAUGCCCCAAGUAAUAUUUUGGUCAAAAUAGAUCGUGAAAUGUAACUUAACUCUUCUUUGUUCCUAUUUAAUGAUGAUAUAUGAAUAAUGUACCAUGUGCUGAAUAUUCUGGCAAUAGUAGUAAAUCAAAGCUGCUUGCAACUUAAGUGACAUGACUUUUAAAAUAAAAUCUUUUCAGAAUUCUUUUAUUUGUUUAACUCUCAGACUUUUAAAUCCUGUCUCAGAUGAUUACUCUUUUUUUAAAAAUGCAACUGCAACAUCACAGAUAUCAUUCUUUUGCUAUUUUGAUCAUUUCAAUAAUUUCAGUCUUUGAGGCAUUUUUGUAUCUGUUUGAAACUUCAUUUCCCCUUCAAAUUCAGCAAAUCAUUAGAUAGGGUUAUUAAUAAUUUUUGGCAUAUCUCACCAAAACACAACACUUAUUAGUUGUAUAAUUUCUAUUUAUGAAAUACAUUAUUUUUACGUGCAUUUUAAAUGAUAAGCCAUAUGCUUUUAAGAAGUUAAAUUUUUUAUAACUCAAACACCUACAUUUGAUUAAAUUAAACUUGACUCCCCACUGCUUCCUUUUAAAAUCAUUAUGUUUGAAGUAUAUUCCUACUAAACAGCUUCAUAAUUACAAAUGCACUCAUUAUUAAGAUGAUCAGAAUGAUUGUGGUUGCAAUAACAGAAAUACUGUAUUUUAGGUUAUAUGUAGUCUUAGAACUUGGAUUUUAGAAAAAGAUGCACAAUACUUAAUCAAAGCUUUUCUCCUUCUUAAAAUUGUGAUUAAGACUGUGACAUAGAUCACUUGACUGUAGCUGACUCUUCUCAGGUAUUUUAUUGGUUAAAAUUUCCUUGAAUGUGUGAUCAAAACUAUGUAUCAUCAAGUCUUUCAGGGGCUGAAUUCACUAAACCAACUGGCUUAAGUUUUAAACUUCAUAGUGAGCUAUCUCUAAACCAGGAUUUUUCUUGACAUUCUUGUUAAAGUAGAUUUCCUUUGACUUCAGGUCCCAUUACCAUCAUUUUAGAAUUAUUACCUUUCAGUAUUUCAGCAUGGUGUAAUGCAUGAGCAUUCAAAACAUGUACUCUCCAGAUGGCCCCUAAGGUCCCUUCUAGCUCUAGAUCUAUGCUCUUCCAUCAUAAUGCGACUGUAUAGCAGAUUUCCAUGCAUGUCUAAAGUUUUCCCACAUCUAAUGCUUCUGCCAAAAUGAACUUUGUUUUAAAAUCCACAGGAUUAGAAUUAUUUCACUGGUGAAUAUCAGUAAAUAUAUUCAUGUUGGGCUCUUCAACAAAUUAUUAUAUAAAUCCAAUUUAUCAAAUGGUCAAAACAAAGCAUUAACUUUACUGAAGACUAAUAUGUUUUUAUAUAUUAAAAAAAGUUUUGUCUUUCUAAAUCAUAUUUAAAGUAUGUUAUUGGAGCCAUAAAUAUUUGCUUAAAAAGAUAAGAUUACUGAAAUUUACCUAUUUAAAGCAAUCUGCAUUUUUUUUUGGAGUGCCAUUUAAUAAUACUUACUAUAAAAUAAUCUUGGUAAUGAAGUGUUUAUUUCUGCAAAUUGAAAUGGUGAUUUUAUUUUUUUUGGUGACAUUUUUUUAACAUUUGUUAAUAGUUAUAAUGGAACUAUAAGUCCAAACUUUAGAUCACAUAUCCACAUAUCUUAAAAUUAAAGGAAGGAGUCUUAAUAUUUGGAGCACUGAACUUAUUUUUGAAAUACCACUAUGUAAGGAAGAAAAUAGUAAAACUUGGGACAGGAUAAAUGAAGUUGCUUGGGUUUUAUUUAUUUUUUAAAAUGUGUCAAAAUAAUUUUUUUUCACCCAGUCAUUUGAAAAAAAGUCAAGUUAAAUGUAUUGUGCCUUAGAACAUGUGAUUUUGUAAGCCUUUUCGGGGGGAGAGGGGAGGUAAGGAAUACUUAGUUACAUUAUGUGAUGUUUACUGACUUAGUGGUUGUAAGCCUGAAUGCUUUUAAAUUUAAAUAUCAAGAAAUGUCACUAAGUGUUUUAAUGGCUUUGGAGAAAUAUAUUUCACACAAUGUUGCUAUUUAAGCUAAACAAUAUAAAAAAAUUGGGCCUCAGUUUUACUAUAUGUUUUUUUUUUCUUUAAGUUUACUAAGGACAUAAAUCUAAGGUGUUAUUUUUGUGCCAAUCAGUAGUAUGAUUCCAUGAUGCCAUUUGAUCAUUUGAUUCAUCAUUCAUCAAAAUUGAGCCAAACAUUUAAAAUUUUGGUGUAUUUGAUUCAGUUGUGGAAAUGAUUUCUUUUUUAGCUGCCUGGAAAAUAUUUUCAAUCAAAAAUUGGGGAGGGAAACAGAGAAGAAGGGAGGAAGUUUUGGGGGGAAUAUAAGUUUUUUUUUUUAUUGAAUUAAUUUUAUAUAAAUUUUCUACUAUUUGAUCUUCUACAGUAAAUUUUCUUAACAGACUUUCAGUUUGGGCAAGUAUUUUGAAGUAGACAUUAAAAUUAUAUUUCUAAAAAUCAGUACUGGGAAUGAUUGGGCAUUAUAUCAGUUUAUAGUCAUAUAAUUUUUUGUAGGAUUAGAAAGUUUGGCAAACCAAGACUUUGCAUGUUCAAAUUAUUAAUUUUUUGGAGAAAUUUAUUUUAGCAUUAAUAUACAUAGUUUUUUUCUCAGUAUUUAUGUGGAAUAAAUUUACCAAGUUAUUAUAUUCUUCCAUAUGUUGAAAUUUAAGUCGUUAUUUGGAAAAUCUUCAAAUUAUUAUUUUAAUAAGGUAAUACAUUUGGAUUGAGCCAGAAAUAAAGAAAUUUUAAUUUUAA